ACUGCAAAACCCCCCAAAUUCUCCCGCCCCAUUCACAGAUCAGGAGAAUUUUCUUGCGCAGACAGCAACAAACCAACUCUACUUCAGGCGUGUUCACAAGCAUUUUCUCAAAGAAAACCUGUUUUUUGUUUCUCUCUCUCUACCAUGGCUCGACCGCAGCAGCGAUAUCGCGGUGUGCGCCAGAGGCAUUGGGGUUCUUGGGUCUCCGAAAUCCGCCACCCGUUAUUGAAAACGAGAAUCUGGCUGGGGACAUUUGAAACGGCUGAGGAUGCGGCUCGGGCCUAUGACGAAGCGGCGAGGCUAAUGUGCGGACCGAGGGCUCGGACCAACUUCCCUUACAACCCGAACACAUCUCAGUCUUCUUCGUCGAAGCUCCUCUCAGCGACAUUGACGGCGAAGCUACACAGGUGCUACAUGGCCUCGUUGCAGAUGACCAAGUCUGCAUUGCAAGUGCAGGAGCCACAGAAGCCACCGAGUUCCCAUUUUGUCAACACCAGUGGCAUCUUUGAGAGGAGCAACGAAAUGGGUCAUCAAAAGAUGCAAUUUCAAUUGCAAGAAUCGGAAAGUUGGGUGAUCAAGAAAGAGAAAGUCGAGGAGGCCGAGACCCAACAGUUCAAGCCUCUCGAAGAUGAUCACAUAGAGCAAAUGAUUGAGGAGCUUCUCGACUACGGAUCGCUGGAAUUAAGCUCUAGCAUCGCAUCCUAGGAGUCUGAAGACUCAGCAGCAAGAGAAGAUUCUGAAGCUAGCCUCGAAUUUUAUCCGCAAUUCACCUACUAAUGCCUCUCUCUCGUCCCACUAAUUUAACCCCAUUUCCCCUGAAUUCGCUGGGGCUGCUUUGAGUAAUUUUUAGAUUUUUCCUUCCAAUUCCUAGAACUUAUUCCCUAGAUAUGGCACAUUUGAUGAUGCUAUGUGUACAGCGCUGUACUAUGCCACUAUUUAUGAUGCCUAGUACUUACCUUAAGCUUCAAUAUGUAUUCACAUUGUAAUUUUCUCUGUUUUGAGAAGCAAUGCAAGACUUCCUCUGUUUCAUGUU